GUUCUGGAGUAACCUAAACCAUCAGAGAGUUAAAAGAACCAUUCGAUUUGGCAGUUCCAAUGAGCAUUUCCACCUGAUUCCUGUUAAGCUGCUAUUCUUAUUUAUCCAGAACUCAUCUCACCCGUCUCUACGGAUAUCCAGCUAGCUCCAGUGAAGAAGGAAUCUACGCUCCCAGUUAAAAUCUGCACAGUUGUCUUUAAGGAAUUACUGAAAGUCAGUUGGACUGAUGCUUCAGGUGUGACUAGGUCAUGGAUGUAACAGUUUCGGGGCAACUCAGACACGAUAGUGGCAAGCGUGUUGUGAAGAGAAGUCUUCGUGAGAACCUCUCACUUUGCCCAGGUGAAUUCAUUGCCGCUUCAGUAUGCGUCUUUUCCUAGAUCACACUCCAGGAGCAUUACUACAAUGUGGAAAUGGAUGCUGACCAGAGAUGCCUCUCCCUUGCCUCAUCUUGCUUGCUUCCUUGUCUUAUCCCUGGCCUGGUCCGUGUCUGCCAGCUGCCGUGGCGAGUCCGAAGAUGCGCUGAUGCUGGAUGGUACAAAUUGCUCCUCGAGCCUGGAGCGCCACACGCGCAGCUACAACCACUUGCAGGGUGAUGUGCGGUGGCGGAGACUCUAUUCUGCCACCAAGUACUUCCUGAAGAUUGACAGAACAGGGAAGGUAAAUGGGACCAGAAAGAAGAACUGUCUGAACAGUAUAAUGGAGAUCAGGUCAGUUAAUGUUGGAGUAGUCGCAAUCAAAGCAGUCAACACUGGCUUUUAUUUGGCCAUGAACAAGAAAGGGAAGCUAUAUGGCACGGAAGAGUACAACAACAAUUGCAAGUUUAAGGAAAGGAUAGAAGAAAAUGGUUACAAUACCUAUGCCUCAUUGAAGUGGAAGCACAAAGGACGACAAAUGUUCAUCUCAUUGAAUGGGAAAGGGUCCCCUCGGCGAGGACAUAAAACAAGGAGAAAACAUCUCUCAGCACAUUUCCUCCCGAUGAUGGUUCCUUAAAGGUCAGCUUGUGCCCAGUAGCCCUGAAACUUAUACCAUUACCUAGUCUUGCUACUUGAUGCUUCACAAGAAAGAAGUGCACAUUUUCUUUCCUUUCUGUCAUGGAUCUCUUAUACUGAGCUAUUUUUGGUUUAUUUCUGCGUUAAGCUUGUGGAGGCAACAGAGCAUAGACUGUUGUAAAUAUAGGUUUUAUUGGGACCAUUUGCAGUGCCUCUUCAUCAGUAUAACCUUAGGACUUCUGUAGAGGAAAGAAAAACCCUUCAGUCACAAUAGACAAAAGAAGUAACGUCGUAGGAUUUAAUGGAACAAUUUGGUCUUUUAAAAAAGGCCUGAAAGAAGCUGAUUUUUUUUUGACUCAGAGUGUGGACAAUGGAUGAACAGUGCUAUUCUGGUAUCUGGGGUGGGAUAGCAGGAGAGGUUGAACUAAAGUCUUAUUGAGCACCUAUACCAAAGUUCUGAAUUGUUUCAAUGCACAGAAGACUAUGCUCUAGUCAAAGAAGACAGCAUUUGUAAUUUGCACCAGCUUUAGAGAGACAAUGUACUAACUUCUGCAAGUUCAUGGACUGUGCACUGACCACACUCCCAUCGAGGGAGUUGGGACGUCCAAGCUGAACUUAUUGUGAGCUCUGAAGAGAUAGACUUGUGACUCUUCCAUUACGCACAGAUACAAGGGCAAUGCUUCCCUACAAAGCGAUUGUUAGAUAGGCUGAUGAUUUUGUAGGAUAUGGUCAUAUUUAUGCAAUUAUAAAUUGUGAUGUUACUCCUAGGUUAAAGUGAUGCUGGAACAUUCCUAAUGGUGGUUUUGCAGAACCACCAAUAUCAUUUCAACACCGGUGAAGUUGGCUUUCAUGUAACAUAACUCAAUAAAUCUCAUUCUUUCCUAGAAAGCACAUGCAAGAGAUAUUGUUUUUUGAUGGAUUUCUAAAGGUUUACAAUGUGUUUAUUAGAGUGUUGCAACUCUUUUAUAACAUAGUGAAUAAAGUGGUAUC